UUUUGUAUUGUGGUGUUUAUUUUUACAAUAAAAAUUCACAUUUAUACAAAAUUUUACAAUUAAGGCAUGUUUUACCAUUUAUUUUUUAUAUUAUUUAUCAUAAACAUCUAUACAUCAGCAGAGAUUUACACAGGUUCGGUUAAAAAUGCGCAAGAACUAUUAUUGUGUCGUAAAUGUGGAGCUGAUGUAGCAGAUUCAUUUUAUAUAUUCAGUAAGAUAAGUCCCGGGGCACAAAAAAGGGAAACCAAAAACUUAUUUGGAAGACAAAAUGUUACAGUGCAGACGUUAGUGAAUCCAUUUGGUGUACAAUUUGAUUUAAUAACUGCAGAAAAAGCAAGAUGCAAAAACAUGGGUCAAAGCCAAGGCGCUGAUUCAUGGUUCCCUGGUUACACAUGGCGCAUAUGCACAUGUCCUCACUGCGGACAACAUUUGGGCUGGACAUUUGAGAGCACAACUGAUAAAUCAGAUAAUUCUGAUAUCGAGCACACACACAAAUUCCAUGGAUUAAUAUUGAGCAAUAUUCUUGGAGAAAAUUUUACAGAUUCACUCAUGAUGAUGCCUAAAGUAUAUAAAAUGUGAGAGGUAAAUUAAGUAAAAUUAUGUUAAUUCUGUAUAUAAUGUGUUGGAAAAAUAAAAAUUUAUAGACUGUUUA